AUGACGAAGGCCUGGAAGCAGCAGUUCGUGACAGACCGCCUUGAUGAGCGUCGACGCCUUGCGCAAAAGCGAGAUGCUGAUCGCGAUCGUAAGGCAACUCAACUCAUUCCGGUUGGCACGACCGUUCGCUUCUGGCGGGACGUGGGCAACCACAAGUUACGUGCCAAGUGGUUUGGUCCGGCCCAAGUUGUGGGUCACGAUAGAGUGGCUGGCCAUGUGGUGCUCUUUAAGAAGAAACAGCCAGUGAUAGGAUUUAUGUUGACUUCUUUCAGGUAG